GCUGAGGGUCCGGUACCGAGACGGUGUGGAGGAUGAUCCGGCUGACGGGACUCACCUGUGGACCCGAACCGUCAGGAUGCCUUACCUGAGCCGAGCUCUCCUGCUGCUGCUGUGUCUGCUCCUCACCGGGGAGGCCCGGAAACACCGACACCGGGUCCGCAGAUGGACCGGAACCGUGGAGAGCCAGAAACACGGAACCUCUCUGAAACCUCCAGAUGUGACCAAAUCUCGCAAAACCAAGACAGAACAUCUUCUCAAAGUAGAUGAUCAUGACUUCACCAUGAGGCCAGCUUUUGGAGGUCCUGCCAUCCCUGUUGGAGUGGAUGUCCAGGUGGAGAGUUUAGACAGCAUUUCGGAGGUGGACAUGGACUUCACCAUGACGCUGUACCUGAGACAUUACUGGAAGGACGAGCGUCUGUCGUUCAGCAGCAGCACCAACAAGAGCAUGACGUUCGACGGUCGCCUGGUGAAGAAGAUCUGGGUCCCUGACGUCUUCUUUGUGCACUCUAAGAGGUCCUUCAUCCACGACACGACGACCGACAACAUCAUGCUGCGCGUCUAUCCUGACGGACACGUGCUCUACAGUCUGAGAGUCACGGUGACGGCUGCCUGCAACAUGGACUUCAGCCGGUUCCCUCUGGACUCUCAGACCUGCUCGCUGGAGCUUGAGAGCUAUGCCUACACGGACGAGGACCUGAUGCUCUACUGGAAGAGCGGAGACGAGUCGCUCAGCACCGACGACAGAAUCUCUCUGUCUCAGUUCCUGAUCCAGAAGUUCCACACCACGUCUCGUUUGGCCUUCUACAGCAGCACAGGCUGGUAUAAUCGUCUCUACAUCAACUUCACGCUGCGGCGCCACAUCUUCUUCUUCCUGCUGCAGACGUAUUUUCCUGCCACGCUGAUGGUGAUGCUGUCCUGGGUGUCGUUCUGGAUUGACCGGCGGGCCGUCCCGGCCAGAGUCUCUUUAGGUAUCACCACGGUUCUGACCAUGUCCACCAUCAUCACCGGGGUCAACGCCUCCAUGCCCCGCGUGUCCUACAUCAAGGCCGUGGACAUCUACCUGUGGGUCAGCUUUGUCUUUGUCUUCCUCUCUGUGCUCGAGUAUGCUGCCGUCAACUAUCUGUCCACGGUCCAGGACCGCCGCGAGCGCAAGAUGAGGGAGAGGGCCCGCUCUCAGUCGCUGCCUUGCACCUGCAGCAUCUCCCAAACCAGAACCAUGACCAUGCUGGACGGCACCUACAGCGAGGCCGACACUAACAGCCUGGCCGGAUACACUGAGGAGCCCAUGGUUCCUGAGGACGAACUCGAAGAGAAGCACAAGGUCCCCGAGAAGUCGGAGCACAUGGUGGUCCACCUGUCCAUGAGCAGCGAGUCGGCCGCCAUCAAGAAGAGGAAGAGUCUGCGAGCGCUCAACAUCAUCCAGAACACACACGCCAUCGACAAAUACUCCCGGAUGAUCUUCCCCGGGUCGUACAUCUUCUUCAACCUGAUCUACUGGUCGGUUUACUGCUGAGGGACACGAGGAGGUCCAGGAGGAGGACAAAGAGUCCAACACUAUGAACAUCACUCAGAUGGACAGCGGGAGUCCAGCAGAACCUCUGGACACUCAGAGGUCUCUGACUGAAAUCUGCGUCCUGAUUUGUUCUUCCUCACGCAGCCGCUCGAAUGUUCUUCAUCGUUCCACCCGACAGCUACCAGAACCAACCGUAAACUCAGAGAUGAAUGUUUGGGUUCAGCCUCGGUGUGCGAAAACUGACAGGAUUCACUUUGCUAUUUGUUAGAGGAAGUUUUUACCGAGUGACGACAGAAACCAGAAAAGAACCAAACCUUGAAACACGAUCCACUGUGGAAAUAAAUAAAAUGCACCGAUAACCUCCCCUAAAAAACAAACAGACAAACACAACGCGACAGAGCAGAGGAACCUGGAAUCAAAUCAGCUUUAUCCCCCAGAUUAGCUGAAGUUGAAGUAAAAACUGUAACAACUCAAGACU